AUCUCACUGAACAUUACGGUCAUUUCGCCUCACCAAAACAUUAUAUAUCUCCAUCACUAUCAUUUAAGAUGGGAUAGUAUAAAUAAAUUAAUUUUUGUUUUUUCAAAUUUAUAAAACUUUGUUUCGACAUGUCGAAUUGCAGUUCCAACCUGCAGUCACAGAAGAUUCAUAAUUAAUGAAUAAUGAAAUUUAUAUUUAUGUUCAGUGGCUUGAAUUCAUACGAUAACCAAAGUUUCGACAUUUUUUGUAUUUUUCGGUUUUCUUUAUUUCACAUCAAAACUUUUUGUAUCGAAGAUUUCCGAUUUUUUUAUUAAGUGAGGUUAAAUUAUGAAUUUUUUUCUACUACGAGAUUGGCAACAAACUUUCAGAAUAUUUAAUUUUAAAAGACCUCAUAAUGAUCACGUUUCUGUUAAUUGGGAUAAAGAUGAAAUUUCACUUUCCUCCACUUUUGUGAUGAAUAAUAGGGGAAUGGAAUUAUCCGAACUCGUAACGUUUAAUGGUCGUCUAUUAAGCUUUGAUGAUAGAACUGGUAUUGUCUACAGUGUAGAAGAUGAAGCUUAUCCGUGGGUUAUAUUGAUGGAUGGUAAUGGUCGAAGUUCAAAAGGAUUUAAAUCAGAAUGGGCGACAGUAAAAAAUAAUUUACUACAUGUUGGUAGCAUAGGUAAAGAAUGGACUACGUCUUCUGGAAAAUUCAUUCAUAAUAACCCGAUGUGGAUCAAGACUAUUUCUCCACGUGGUGAAGUAAAAUCAAUUAAUUGGAUUGAAAAUUAUAAGAAACUGAGGCGAUCUAUCAAUAUAGAAUUUCCAGGUUACAUGAUCCAUGAAUCAGGAGUAUGGAGUGAUAUUCAUAAAAGUUGGUUUUUCAUUCCUCGCAGAUGUUCUGUGAACCAAUACAAUGAAACUGAAGAUGAGAAAAUGAGCUGUAAUGUUUUACUCAAAGCAGAUGAGAACUUUAAUCAUGUUCAGGUAACGCAGUUGAAUAACUGGAUACCCAUCAGAGGUUUUUCUAGUUUCAAGUUUCUCCCUGGUUCUGAAGAUAGAAUAAUUAUCGCGUUAAAAACUGAAGAAUUCCAAAGUCAAACAGCAAGUUAUAUUACAGCUUUCACAAUUAAUGGCGCAGUGCUUAUGCCUGAUUUGAAAAUUGGUGAUCAUAAAUUUGAAGGAUUUGAAUUUGUAUAACUUACACUAAGAAUGUCAAUCAAAAAUGUAAAAUAUGAAAAAAUCAAUAAAAUAAAUGAGUUAUAUUUA